AUGCCGGGCGAGGGAAGGGAAGAGUCGUCGAGGAAGGGGUUGGUCGAGAGCGGUCUCUGCGGCCUACCAGGGCUCAGCAGCGAGGCGGGCGUCGAGGGAGAGGCGGCCCUGUUGCGGAAGGGAUUGUUCGAUCCCAGCGUGAUGCCGGGCGAGGCUUGCCGGUCUGGAGAAGAGCGCAGUCCGUCCGCUUUUAACAGUGAAAAGAUGAAACAGCGGGCCAUCUCCCGGGGCGUCUGCGUCUUGCUGUCGUACCUGGCACAGAGACUGGAGCAAGCGACAUUGCAGGAAGAGGCGAAGGCGGACGACGGGCCCGGGGGCGAGUCGCACGGAGAAGUUGGCAGAGGCGAGUCUGAGUCGUCUGUCGUCUGA